UCAUGAUGCCAGCUACACAAGAAGUUAUGUUUGCCGUUCUGUUUUCUGUUGUUCUUGUCUUCAAUAUAGCAGGAAACUCCCUAGUUAUGUACAUCAUCAGGAAUGAACGAGGAAUGAAAACACCCACGAACUAUCUGCUGUUAAACUUGGCUGUAGCAGAUCUUUUAUUUGGUGUUUUUCUUGCUCCCGAAUAUAUACUCUUCCCUUUCUUUCGUCAUUCAGUGCCAGACGGAGUUCUUGGUGACUGGAUGUGCAAAAUACUCUUAGGAAGUAAUAUUGCUUUGAUGGCGUCCAGAGUUUGUAUUUUCACCAUGGUUUGUUUAUCAGUUGAACGAUACGUUGCUGUUUGUCGUCCUCACACCUUCCGUCAGCGUUUCUCGCCGAAGAUCGUCAAAGUGCUCGUUGUAGUGUCCUGGAUAUAUGCUGCUGUUAUAGUAUCACCUAUUAUUGUUCAUACUCACUUAAACAGAGAAUAUAACUGCUCGAUUACUAAAGUUACUCCUAUUAAAGUUCACUCGGUGUACACUUUGCUAGAAAUAACAUGUUCUUUGUCUCUGAUGAUAUUUUUUACUGUAAAAAUAUUCAUUUCUCUCUGGUGCAAGCAGACAGUCGAACCUACAGGAGAACGAGAGAUCACCGAGAGAAAGAAGAAAAAGAAAGUCACUUUGUGUGUUCUUGCUGUAGUUGUCACAUUUGUGGUGUGCUGGUUUCCCUUAACCAUCAACUACUUACUAUUUGGAUUAUCAAUAAGUCCUUUGCUAACUGCAAUGAUUUUGUUCGCUUCUCUUAACGCUGCUCUAGACCCGUAUCUAUUUAGUUUCCAAAGUUCGAAAUUUAAGGCUUUGGUAAAAAAGGUUGUUUGCUGUGGAAAAGAGUCUUUGUAA